CUUCCAUUCGUUUCGUUCGCACGAACAAACGCACGCACGCCGCUGAGUGGGGAGAAGAGAACGGAACGGUCGAGAAGGAAUUGGUGUUGGGUUUGGGUUGGGGCGGCUGCAGCUGCGGGGAGCAUGGGGUACGCGCGGACGGUGAUGGCAGGCGCGGCGGCCGCGGCGGCGGUGCUGGCGGCGGCGGGGCUGAGGAUGGUCAUGCCGGCGGCGGCGGGGUUCGUCGCGGAGGAGAUCCCGCGCGCGCAGGCGGCCGCGGCCACGUGGCUCACGCCGCCCUACCUCUACCUCGUCAUCAACGCCAUCAUCAUCUCCAUCGCCGCCUCGUCGCGGUACCAGCCUAGCCGCGCGGCGAGGACCCACGCCAACGAGGUGCCUGCGCCGGCUUUGGCGAUGCCGAUGCCGAUGGAGGUGCCUGCGACGACGGUGUCCAUGGCGAUGCCGAUGCCGAUGGACGCGCCUGCGCCGACGGUGUCCAUGGCGAUGCCGAUGGAGGUGGCUGCGCCGGCAGUGACCAUGGCGACGCCGUUGCCCGUACCGGAGACGCGGGUUCCGGAGGCCGUGGCCGUCGAGCAACCGGCGGUGAAGAUGGCGCCGGCGCCGGAGGUUGAAGAGAAGGAGGACGACUUCCUCAUCUCGAGGUCCGCGUGGACGCCGCAGCGGCGGGUCGUGCGGGAGGACGCUCAGCUGGAGAACGAGGCGGCGCCGUUCGCGGACCUGACCAACUCAAGGGAGAAGCCGCUCUCGUCAUCCCGGUUCGGCCGGAAAGCGGCCAAGCCCAGCCCCGAAGGGAGCAGGGCGCUGCGGGUGACGCGGCCGCGGAGGGGGGACACGCUGGAGAACACGUGGAAGGCCAUCACGGAGGGCCGGGCGCCGCCGCUGGCGCGCCACCUCAAGAAGGCCGACACCUUCGACACGCGCCCCGGCCGCCGCCCGUCCGGCGGCGGCGGCAGCAAGGAGCUAACUCCUCCUGCCCCGGCGACGAUGCAGAAGGCGGAGACGUACAACGACGCGGGAGGAGGCGCCAGGAAGGUGCGCCGCGAGCCGUCGCUGGGGCAGGACGACCUCAACCGCCGCGUCGAGGCCUUCAUCAACAAGUUCAACAUGGAGAUGCGGCUGCAGCGACAGGAGUCGCUCAAGCAGUACAGCGAGAUGGUCGGCCAUUACUGAACAAGAAGAGAGUUCUCUCAAGAGCUCAGAUGCGAACAGCAGCAAGAAAGCAAGUUACUUGUCUUUUUUCUUUUGGUAGUUUUGGCUUUGGUUUCUGUUUCUUCUCUGUAAGAAGAAACGGAUCUGUCAAUUACUCCUACUAAGAAGCUGAUAGUGAUAGUAGUUUUGCACAAGAGAGAGACAUGUUUAUAGGGAGAUGAUGCAGAUUAGUGAGGGCCCUGGGCAUCCCAAUUCCUUUUGGGGUGCCGGCCAUGUGUAUGUAUUGAAAUCUUUGCUUACUAAGCUGUUCAUUCCUCAACAAA